AUGAAAACUCGCUGUCGAAAUUAUGGGAGAAGGCAAAGGUAGGAAUUCUUGGUAAAACUUCGCUCUCGUUUUCGCUUUGUCAAGAAGCUAUCGAAAAGUGAAGGCGACUGACUGCCUUUAUUAGCUUAUAUUUUUGUACAUUAUCUAGUAUGCAUCCUCUUAAACCACUGAUACUCUAUGUCGGGCUUUUUCAGUGCUAUUUUAUGGGCCAAAACUUCAGGUUUGAAGCAAGGUUGUGUUGACAGGAAGUACUUAUAUUAAUAUUUGAGGUACUGCUCGAUGAUAAUCGCCAUUAUUAUGUUUGCUUCUUCGCUCAGGAUGACCGCCGGCGGCUUGCCUCCAUCCAAGCAAGAAAGCACGAUCAAAGAUAUUGAAAAAGGUGGCGAAUUGACAGACGAGAUAGCUGGUAAAGACUCACAGGUUUUGCACGAAACACGAUCUCAAAAACAGGCUUCGAAGAAACGUCUUCACGAAGACCAUGCGGAAAUUUUAACAAAGGAGUCCAGUUUUACUGCAACAUCUGAAACAACCAAUAGCUCUGUUGGUGUUGCGACUAGGAGCAGUACAAGACCUAAUAAAAGAAUAAAAUUGUCUGUUCCUCAAUCUAACAAAGUUGGAAAUCAAGGUAUGUAUGCGUUUGUUAUAAUUUUUUUGGCACGAACGAACUUUUCAUAUCAGACCGCCAUUUUGAGCUACAGGAGAAGCGGAUUCAAAACAUGAGAUUCAGCUACCAUUUAUUUUGAGAUAUUGGUGGAAAUAAACCAGUGUAAUUUUGCGUUCUUCGUGGAUUAUAUUUUUUUUAUUCGCAUUUGAACAGAAACAUUUGUAAAAUUAUCGUCUCAAAACGACCAACUUCAGUUGUAGUUUUGGUCUGCUUCAAACAUGUUUACAGUAUGUCGGCUAAGUGACACGUCUCACCAUGUCAGCAAUCACGCAAAACGAAAUCUCCUCUCGUCUAACGUAAUUUUUAAUUGCUGAAAAUUUAUUUUACAUUCUGUACAGAUGCUAACAUGAAAUAUUGUUAGUUCUUGAAAUUUUUGAGUAAGAACAUUAUAAAAAAUAUAUAUUAUAAUUCUCAGAACUUUGCGAUACCUUGGUUAUUAUGACUGUUUAGUAAGCAUUAUGCAGAGCUCCCUCACUAUCUGCAAUUUUGGCUAAAAGAGCUUUGCUAAGUUGGUUAGCUUCUGAACAAUCUCACACCCAAUAGAUAGCUUGCCAUUUACAUGUAUUAAUUGUUACUCACAGCAGUUUAAGUUUGACUUAAAAAUUUUGCAAGGAAACCUGAUGAUAUAGUAGCCAUAAGCUCUUGAGAUUCAAAAUCUUGCUGUGAUCAUGGAAUCAAUCUUCCAGAUUUUGUCUGGCAAAAUCUUUUUGCAGGAAGAAAUAUUUCACAAAACUUUGCCUUGUCAUGCAAAAAACAUUGUUAUACCAACUUGUUUCCUUGAGUAUUGUACCAACAAAUUUUCACAUAGUGUUUCAUGAAAAAAGAAAUGUAUUUGUUUUCCCGAAUGAGGAUAAGGAUAAUAAUGCAUAUUUACACUUGUGAUUUUGCAGCAACUGUCCUAUUUAAUUCAUGGAAGCUAAGUUUUCACUCUUGUUUCAAAGCAAAAUGCUACCUUAAAGAAAUCUCGCAUUGCUACAUUUGUUGAUAAAAUUCUUUAGAAGCCUUCACAUUAACCUAAGGAAUGAAUUUCAAAUUUUACAAAAAUAAUUCUUUUUGUGCACAAAAUUUAAAGACGCACUCAAAUUGCCACUUGCUGUAAAGCAAAAAUCAGGUGCAAAUUGCCUGUCAAAUAACAGAGCUACUUGUUUUUCAAGGAAGUUGCUUUUCAAACACAUUUCCCUUUCCUUUUUUAAGUAAGAGGAUAACUUAAUUUCCACAGAAAGUUCUGGAAGCAUUUUGAAACUCAAUUCAUGAAACUUGAAUCUCGAGACUCUGUUCCUGAAAGUGGACUCUCGAAACUUGAUUCAUGUUAAUUGAGACAACUUGAAACUCAAAUCUGGGAAGUUUUGUCAGUAGAGUUUCCAGUUGAGACAGUAAACCUAUUGUAUGGGGACUUCUUUGACUCUAUGUGAUACUCUUGUAGUUGAGUGUUAACUCAGAACUGCAUGUAGCAAUUAAGGGAUAAUGAUAGGAAAUCAGUGUUUUCUUUUCAUAGAAAAUUGAUGUCACUGAAAAAACUGCAUCUUUUGUUUUCUGUUUUGUUUUGGUUUCUGUACAGAAAAUAGUACUGGUUGUGAGUUAGUGACCUCGUCAUCAUCAUCACCACAGACAAACAGAAGGAAAAAACAACCCAAAAGGCAAUGGGAGUCUUGGGGAAAGGCAGAAAAGGACACCUUUUUUGAGGCUCUUCAUGAAUAUGGUAAAGACUUUGAUAAGAUCUGCAACUUCAUUGCAGCAAAACAUAAAAGAAGGGGUGAUCCUCCUGCUCUGAUUAAAAACAAAGACCAAGUUAGACAUUUUUAUUAUCGUUCACUGAACAAGAUUAACAAAUAUCUUCCUGCUGAAUACCAAAGGGGAAGUGACACCCAACAGAAGAUGAUUAUUGAAUUAAAAGGUUUGAUUUGCUAUGGAGAACUUCGCAAAAAAAUAUGCGGCUGGAAUGACAAACAUGGAAAGAAACUGGAAGAAUUACUAAAUCAUGGAACAAUCUCUAUCCGCAGCAAAGGGCGGAAUUUCAAAAUUAAGGCCCCUGUAUGUCGGGCCCUUAAACGGCUGCAAUUAGUCGGACAAGGCAAGGAAGAUGGUGAUGCUCAACCUCUUGCCAUGCCAAAUAAACUGGUAUUAGAACUCAUGCCACAUGAUCAUUUAGCUUGGGCUGCAGUUCAGCAACUGUCAAAAAACCCAAGGUUGAGAACAUCUGUGCCAGCAAAGAAACCUUUAAGUGGGAUGCUUCAUUUCCUUAUGAAGAAGUGGCAGAUUCUGUCCAGAAAGACUUUAGAACCAUUGCAAAUGUGUAUUGUUGUGCCACCAAAGUUUCACUUCAGCUCAGACAUUAUGGAAAAGCAAACCAAUUCUGCAGUGAGCAAAAUAUCAUCAGGUGCACUUGGUUUGGUUGAAAACAGCCUUGCUACAGAUUCAAUGUCUCUUGAACCUCUGGAAGAGUUAACAAAAUCAUGCUCUCCUUCUUUCUCUUUGGAAGAGAAAUCUUCAGAGGUCAUUUUAAAUGGACACCUAGAGAGUUCCUCUAACAAUGUGGCUUGCAAUGGGUGUAAUAAUUUGUCAUCUGAACCAAAUACACCAGGCAGUGGUUGUGCUGAAAAUUCUAGUCAAACUGAUAAAACAAUGGAUACCUUACUGGGUAUGGAAGGUUCAUCUCAGAGAUAUGCUGAAGUAGCAUUGGAACCAUGCUGUACUUCAGAACCUGUUCAACAGGACAAGGUUGAAUCUUGUAGCAACAAAAACUAUCCCUCUCUUUGGACAUUAAACACAUGUGGGAAUAUUACUUUUGGAGAAAUUUAUUGCAAACUCAGAAGACCUCCAAAAUUAAAACUGGAGUAUACAUGGAAUGGUAUUGAACACAACCUUGCACCUUCACACACUGCCGUUUCUCUGACAAGACUUGUUGAUAUUGCAGCAGCAGAAUUUACCAAAGUAAAAGAAAGCAGUGAUGAAUCCAAAACAACAUCAAAGUCAUCAGAUACAUCAACUGGUAAGAACAGCUUAUACUCUUCAUCCAAAGACAAAGUAACCACUAUGAGUGUUUCAAAAGAUAAAGUUGCUUCUAAAUCUACACGUCCUGCCUCUAAAACAAUUGACAGACUUCCAUUUAUUCUUCCAUCUGUGGUUGCACCAGCCACACAAACAUCAACUUCUAAAAGCAUUAUUUCUGAUCUCCCACCUCAAACUCGUCCCAUGGCCAGGGUUCGUAAAAGGCCACAGAGACCAAAUAUACACAGAACUUUAUUACCACGACCAGUUGGCAGUCCAAGUUCUGUCCCACCUGGAGCAGUGGCAGUGUCUUUUAUUCCUCAACCAGGGCAAACAGUUGGCACCAUUCUUGCAUCUGGUGUGUCCACAACAACCACAUCAGGAACAACUCAGUCUAAGACAGUUGUUUCUUCUAAAUCACUUUCAGGUUUGUUUUCAAAAUUUUGUUACUUUUGGUCUUGUGUACAUGUUUGUAAGCAUUCUCUUCAUAGAGUGAGUUGAAUGUCUGCAGACUGGUUUUUUGCAAAAUAUUAGGCACCCCUGAAAGAAAGAUGUCACCAGUAUUUGUCACUAGUAUGAGGCAAAUAAUAUUCUGAGUCCCUUAACAAAACCUACUGCAUUAUCCACUGGAGAAAUAUUUAUCUGGUAGAUAGUGUAUCCAGCCUUUGACCACAGCCAAAUGCUCUGUUAACUGAGUCAUAAAUAGCUCAUUUGUGUUUUUGAGGUACAUGUAUACAAAGGUACCAGUGUUAAAAUUAAUAAAUAUCUUGACUACUUCUAAGGUCUGCAAUAUUGAAAAGGUCCUUUACUACAAGAGAAAGCUAGUAGGAUUUGAGUUUGGUAGGUGAAUUGAGAAAGAUGAUAAGCUUUCCACUCUGAAGAUGACAAUAUUCUCUGAAUUACCUCCCAUGCAUUUCUUCUUAUAUUAUUUCAGUAAUUUUAUUUUUAAAUGAAAUGGUACCCCCUAGUUGAUAUUCCUAAUUCUCUUCACCUGUCGUCUUGACAAGUGUUUUAUGUUGACAUAAAAAGAUAAAUUCCUUGUUGGUCAUUCCUUGCGGGGUUGGGGGCGACAAGUGUGUAAUCAUGAGGACUCAUUCCCCAACCAUUUCCAAUUUCUUGUUCUUUCAAGAAUGUUACUUAAAUUAAUUGUCUAAUUUACUUGUCUUGUGUAGCUGUUUUGAAUAUAAUUCCAGACAACUACAUCUCAUUAAUGCUUAAUGUGUUAAAAAUUUUUGGUAGGAACAUCUAGUAGCUCUACAUCAACAACUGUUUCAAGCCUUGUGGAAAGGCCUUCACCAUCAGCAGUUGUGGCAGACAAUGGAUUUAUCAAUGUAAACUCAACAGACUUAAGUUUGGAAAUGUCAGGAUUUUCAGACACAGACCUUCUUGCAGUUGUGGACCAUUUUGUUGGCAGCACAAAGUCAAUAGCUGACAGUGUUGUAACCACAUCCCAUUCUGUAGACUCUAUCAUCGGUCUUGCUCUGGGAACUGCAUUGGAUGAGAAUGCAACACCUACAUCCAUUGCAGGAAUGAGUGAAGAUUCCAACUCGGCAUUUUUAGCUUCUCUUACAAGUUUAAAAACUUCAAAUUUAGACUUAGCAACACAGGUGGUGCAGAGAAUUGGUUCAGACACCCCUUCUAAUGUUCAUAUUGAGGAACUUAAUUCUGGUGUGGCUGGUGGCAGCAUGCCAUCAAGCGCUACAAGCCCAACCUUGGAGAAUAUUCUAAACUCGACAAACUCAAUCGCACAGUCUCCUACUUUGACUUCAUGUAAUGUGUUUUUCAAUGGUGCAGGACCUAUUUGCAGCAUUGUUGAUUCACAAAGUCAACAAGAAGCACUGAUAGAUAAAGACAACAUGGCUGCAUCAUCCUUAAUUUUAUCUCCAAAUUCAGAAAGUUCUCUUCAGGCUUCAUUUCAGACUCCCUGGUUUAAUGGAGAGGUACAGAAAUAAAAGUGAACAUUAAUCAUUUUUUUUGGCAUUUCCUACUUCUUUUAACUUGCAUAUUUCUUACCACUGUGUCUUUUUAAGUACAAAUUUCAAAGCAAUUUGUUUUUAAUGACUAUUUGUGUCCUUCUUGUUUCAGAAUUCUAACUUUUCCAUUGGCAGCCUUCUUGGUAAGAUUUUGUCACUUAGUUAGCAUAUAAUUCCAGUCACUCUCAUGAAAUAUUGUUAGGCAGAGUUAGGUUAAAAUUUGGCUUACAAGCAUAAUUAUUAGUUUGGUUAUAGCCUGCCCAUGUUUUACAGGGGUUUCAAAAUGUUUUUGAAGUGGACAUUGGACUCAGCAAAAGUAGGGGACUAUGAAGAGUUCAUUAAGGGCCAAAAGAAAAUGAUUUUGAGCAGAGUAACAUGUUAUCAAGUAGCUGGUGGAACUCCUGGAGGAAAAAAGAAUUGCUACUUUGCCUGAAUGGAAUGCCAGUCCAAGGCACGUAACACCCCCCCCCUCCCUCCCAAGCAUAAAGGCUCCCUGGGAGUUAAUUGGGACCCAUUUAUACUUCUGAGUAGUGCUAGACACUAUGAGAUUAGGGUGCCUUUCCCAAGAGCUCAAUGCCAGGGUCCAAAGACAAACUUUUAGGGGGAGGGGUAGGUGUGCAGUUUAUUAGAUAACGAGAGUGAUCCACUUUUUUUUCAUAGCAUCCACUACAUUGACUGUAAGGCUAUCAUGUUUUUUUUUUCCUUGAUCGGGUUGGAGGGUGUCAUUAAUAAGAUUGUGGACAUGUUGGGGUUACAAGGCAGUGCUCAGAUUUUAAGAAAUUUAAUUUUUUUUCUCAAGAAUGAUGAAUGUACUAAUAUGCUGUUUUUGUUCACAGAUAAACUAUCCACCUCGCCUAAGAAAGAUGAAAGGCUCCCUAGCAUGGGGGUAAGAACUUACUUUCUUUAAACUAAUUGAGUGUCCUAGUCUCUCCUUUGCAAUUCCAACUCUUAAAAAGGUGUCCACUUUUGUGAAGGCACUGGAACCCAUUAGGCACAUGUUUUCUGGGUGUGUCAUUUGUCAGCAGAAAAACAGAUUUGAUGUUUGCUCGAAUCAAAUUCACUGCCAGAAUUUGAGAUUCAAAUUAAAAGUGGAACAGCAAUGGUAGCCUCUUAGUUUAAAACCACCGCUUGUAUGUAAACCAAGCAAACAAAAUUCUUAUUUUUCUUGAAUUUUAAAUUGUUGUAUUUAUUUCCUUAUACAGGAGUCAUCAUCUGGAGGAAGUGCAUCUAAGGAACCACCUCAGGAACCAUCUCAGGAACCAUCUCAGGAAAUCCUUCCUAGUGCUCACCAUUUACUAGAUGUAAGUCCAACCCAUUGUUAUUAAGUAGCUCUGCUUUAUGAAUAUCGAUAUUUUUUCAUCUGAGGAAAGUUCUCAUUUUCUGGUGAGUAUACUGUGGUGAACCAUAAGUAAUUUUGUGGCUCACUGAAAUGUUGGGCAUAAAAGGAAUGCUUUAUACUGUUAAUACUCAAGUAAGUCCCACCUCUCCGUGAAGCUCAUAAUUUCAGGUUUCAAAAUAGCCCCUUUCUUUGAUAAGCAUUUUCACACUCCCCCUCCCCUCCCCUAAACAACAACUUUGGUUUUGUCCUUUUCUUUGAAACUGAGAGAAUCCCUUUCAUAACCUAUACUUUCUUCUUUCACUUUUUAAUUUUCAAUUAAUUUACAACCUAAUUAUGCUUUAAACACACAACUGAUUUUAGAUUAAGUUACUGGCUGACUUUAAUGUUAAUCUACUUUAAAACUGUAAACGAAAUAAAAUUAAGGAAGCCCACUACUAAUCCUUUAUUAACCCCCAAAGGUAUCAAGCGUCUAGUUUCUCCUUACAAUAUCACCCCUAAAUCAAAAAUUGUGGUCAUGAGAAUUAAAGACAUAAUCGCCAGCCGAAAAAGGCUCUUGAUUUUUUAAACAAAUUCUCCUUAUCAGCACCUUAGGAAAUGUACAGAGUACAGUAUGGAGAAUAUGCAUACUGAUGUUUGGAUUAAAAUGCUGUUUGGUUUCUCGUGAGAUUCCCCGCCACCGUUUCAACUUAUUUACACUGUUGAUUUUAUGAACAUUAACCUAAAAAAGACUGACAUAAGGUAAUCUUAUUACGAAGUUUUAUAUACUUAUAGAAUCUUUUAGCAUGAAAGCGUUACAGUGAAGUAAUUCUAAUCUUGCAAUAUCUUCAAUGUCAUUUCAUUUCAGCCGGAGACAGCUUUUCAAGCCAUAAUGGAUGAAAAUAGUGUGGACUUUGUGAAGAAAUUCCAAGACCUGGCAAAGGAAAUAUCUGGUGAAAAUAACAAAGCCCCGACAAGUCCGGCCUCUGAUACUACAUUCCCACCACUAUGCAACACAGAAUUAAAUGGCAGAUCCUCUGAUGACAGCAAUAGCGACAAUGGAAUCUUCAAACAAAUCCUGAAACAAUCAAAGACGAACGUCAGUUGAACUGUCCUCGUUUUUUGCUGAGUUGCUUGUUUUGUUGGCCUCAUUUAUUAUCCAUUCAAUGAUAUUUGAUUUGUUGCCAACCAGGGCUGUGAUAUGCUUCGGUUGUGUUGUAAGUAAUCUAGAGUCGUAAUUCUGUAGCUGUGGUCGCCAGUUCACGGUUCUGAUCAGCCAUCUUGAACCACGAGACAUAGUUUUGGACAUUUCCUGCAAGUUUCUGGUAACAUAAAAUGAGAUUCUACCUUAACCCCUGAGAGUGAUAGGCAUCUAAUUUCUUCCAACAAUACUACCCUUGGGUCAAAUAUUACGGUCGUGAGAAUAAAGGAAAUGACCACAAAUUCAACAAUCUCUUGAUUAAUAGACAAAUUGUCCUUCUAGGUGCCAUAAGAAAUGUAAAGAGACAGUGCAGAGAACUUGCAGACUGAUGUUAGGGUGUAAAGAGUUAAAGUGCUUAUUUUACGGUUCUGUAUAAUUUGUUUCGUAAUUGCUAACGACGGGAACAGAUUACCGAACUUAAGGAACGCGUCAAACAUGUUCACUUCAAUGUCCUUCAUGCUUUGUAUGAAGCCCAUUGUCAAAGUUGUCAUAAAUUUGUAGAAAUUGUUUGUAAAAGUUUUUGGCAGCUUUGUAUUAGAAAUAUCAGAAAAUUUCAUGAACUUUGAUCAGUUGCAAUGACAGAACAGUGAUCACUUUGAGAUCUGCGAGAUUUGAAUCGUAUUUGUAAUAUGUAAUUGUAAGAUUCGUAGUUAGGAUAUCUAGAUCACGAGAUUCUGUUCCUAACGUUAGACGUGUUCAUAUUGACAAAAUCAAAUAAAGGCGUCGUGAUUUCACAUCAUGUAUUCAUAGCUUGUUAUUG